ACGCGCAGAGGCGGUGCGGGUUUGCCACGUCGGUCUCUGUGCAACGCAUUUACACUGUUGCUCUUCCAGCCCAGGGCUAACUUUUUGAGGCGUUUAGUGCUCUCCCCCCGAGAAAAGGCGACCCCCCCAGUGUCGCCCUCGCCGCUGUAGCCCGUCGCCACAGCAGCUCAGUCCAGGGAAUUGAAGCUGAAAGGCGGAGAAAUGCUCGGUACUGCCCGGACUCGCCGCACAACUGACUGAUGCAUCCUCGUCCAGCUCAGCCGCCCGCAUGUUGUCGAUGUUUUUGGCCUGGCAGUACAUGGUGGCUCACUGAGGAGGAAGGGGGAAGUCCCAGUGGCUUUUGGUUGGUGGGCUCUGCCCUUGGUUGCCACAGUAAUAGGCGACCAUGCCAGGAGGUCGCAGGGGUCCCAGCAGACAGCAGCUAAGUCGCUCCGCUCUGCCGUCCCUGCAGACUCUGGUCGGAGGAAACGUCGGGAAUGGUACAGGCCUCAGGAACAGGAGCAGUAACACGCUGGGUCUAUCUGCUCCACCCAUCUCAGCCCUCAUUACUCCGGAGCCGGUGCGUCACUCGAGGAUCCCCGAGCUGCCAUUGGACAGCAGUCUGCUGUUUGAGUUCCUGCUUUUUCUCUAUUUGCUGGUGGCCUUGUUUGUCCAGUACAUAAACAUCUACAGGACAGUGUGGUGGUACCCAUACAGCCACCCUGCUGCCUCUACCUCGCUCAACUUUCAUUUAAUGGACUACCACCUGGCUAUCUUCAUCACAGUAAUGCUGGCCAGGAGGCUCGUUUGGACAAUUGUUUCUGAGGUGUCUCAGUGCAGCGGGGGGUCUCUGCUGCGCUACGUGCUUCUAAUCGCAGCUCGACUCAGCCUGCUGACCCUGUGCGGCUGGGUGCUGUGCUGGACGCUGGUCAACCUCUACAAGGAAAACUCUGUUCUUAACCUCCUCUUCCUGGGAUAUCCAUUCGGUGUUUAUGUCCCACUCUGCUGUUUCCAUCAAGAGGGAGGGAAAAGCCAGGCGGCACCAGCCGACUGCGAUUACACAGCUGACCACCAGCAGACCGACCUAACAGAAACCCCCUUCUUCCGACCACGCGACUUCCUCUUCCUGUUACGAGAGAACCUCAGAGAGCAGUUUUCCAGCCCCCCACACAUGCCCACACACACCUGCCCGCCACCCACACACUCUCACACACCAGAGCUGAUUCGAGCAGAGGUGGAGGAGCUGAAGAGCGACUUCAACCGGCGAAUCAAGGAAGUGCUUUUCAACUCGCUCUUCAGCGCUUACUACGUAGCCUUUCUGCCCCUCUGCUUUGUUGAGAGCACCCAGUACUAUGACAUGCGCUGGUCAUGUGAGCAUCUCAUCAUGGUGUGGAUCAAUGCAUUCGUGAUGCUGAUGAGCCAGCUGCUGCCCCCCAGUUACUGCGACCUGCUUCAUCGCUCGGCGGCUCACCUCGGCCGCUGGCAGAAGCUGGAGCACGGCUCAUACAGUAACGCACCUCAACACAUGUGGUCAGAAAGCACCAUUUGGCCUCAGGGGGUGUUAGUACGACAUAGUCGAAGUCUGUAUAAGGCGGUUGGUCCCUAUAAUGUGGCUCUCCCCUCUGAUGUUUCUCAUGCAAGAUUUUAUUUCCUGUUCCACAAGCCGCUGCGGAUCUUGAACCUGCUGAUCUGGAUCGAGUCCAGCGUGGUUUUGUACCAGUUAUACUCUCUGCUGCGCUCUGAGCGCUGGAACCACACAUUGUCUCUGGGCCUUAUUCUCUUCUGCAACUACUAUGUCCUCUUCAAACUACUCCGAGACCGCAUCGUGCUGGGCAAAGCCUAUUCCUACCCUCUGUCCUCCAACAGUUUGGGGCUCAAGUCGCAGUAAAGACUACACGGCGAGACCUCUCCUACAAACUCUGGACGCGGAGGCGAGACGGAUGGAGGCCUGAUGGAAGUGGAAGGCGCUUGGAGAUUAAGGGACAGACUGUGAACUCAUAAUUGUGUUUUGAUACGGUUCAAUUUUUAAUGCAGUGUUUAUAUAUAGACCUAUUUAAAAGAAUAUUUUUAUUUUGUAUACUAUUUCGAGUUACACCGGGCAUUACCACGCUCAUGUCAUUAGCAUGUUGUGUUAUGUUGUUGCUAGGUGACAGGGAAGUCAGGGAAUGCCAGGAAGUGACUUUUCACCAAAGAUAUUUUAAGUGCAGGCGGCCAAUGACGGCACAGACUUUGCCUUUGACAGUCGGUUAAAACAGGCGUUCGAUUCAGAGCAGAGGGAGGUUUCAUGCUUGGGUCCUGAUUGUCCUUUAUUCUGCUUCAGUCUUAAAUCUGGAACCAGUCAUUUUUGGGGGCAUCAGCACGAUUUCUUCAUUUCAGUAUUGGUGCACCUCUUCGUCUCUAAAAGGAAUAAUUUGAGAUUUUUGGGAAAUGUGCUUAUUGUCUUUUGAUCAAAGUUAGACACUCAAUCUGUUAACAUUAGCAAAUGCAAGAAAAAUAGCUAGUCUGACAAAUGAUUACCGUACCUUUUCAUACCUGGGAGUCAAAUCCUGCUGUUCUGCUACAAGUCUCUGCCGUCACAAAGAUGCACAUUAGUAGACUGCUUGUGUUUUGUCCUCCCCCCUUUUGUUUUUAUUUACUUGGGGAUUGGCCAUUUUUCAUGAUUUGGGUUAAAUGUCCCUUUGCAAAGUUAGCUCUCUAAAGAAAAGCAACACUUAAAGGUUCCCAGUGUGUUUAAAUUUAAAUACCAAGGGCUCCUGUACAGGCGUCCGUGUUAGAUAUAUCACUGUUUCCACUGCUGCAACCUCUGUAGUGACCCUAAAGGACAUCUUUUUGUUUAUAUCUCUGAGAUGGCUUUAACAUAAUGGCAGAAUCUGAUUCCCUGUGAGUGAAACUUUUUUUUUUUAAUAUUUAUUUAUUUAAUUGAAACAAAAGUCAAAGGGUAAAAAUAAAUCUGUCCAGUCGGUACAUGUGAAACAUGUUCAUAUUAAUGAGCUUUAGGGGUCGUUGUAGGUAAUUUUAGUGAUUUUUGGUUUGUGCAGGAUUGGCUGUUCCACUGUAUAAAUACUUAAACCUACGUUAAAAAGUCAGCUGAAGCUACGAUCGAGGCAAGAGUGUGAUAUGAAUCUUAUUAUCGAAAUGUAAAAGGAUGAGAACAUUUCCUGAGAGUAAGUAUUCCUUUAAGCAAAGUCUCAGUCUGUUAUUUUUUACUCAAAGUCCAAUAAACUGUUCAUGCAAACUGACUCGAGAGCAGUCUGGAAGAAAAACACAGUUGGUACUCCAAUCCGCGGCCUCCGCAGACAAUGCCGUGUUCUUCUCAUUCAGCUUCUAACCAUGUUUUCACAGUUAGUAUCUGCUUGCUUCGUAUCACUGGCUAACUGGAGGGUGGAGUAACAGCACCAGUCUCGAAACAACCUCACAAGCGUCAGACAGAAAAUCUUUUGUCUGGCAUCCUUAAACUCACUGCGCACUCAUGAAAGUCCAAGUGCAGUGCUUAAAGUGAGAAAGGCUGCUGCUGUGAGAGGGUGAUGCCUGAGCACACUUUCACACACUGAAAUCUGGCUACAAUACACCAUGUUACUUAAUGUUCAUCCAGUCACUUGAAUGUUUCAAGUAUGAUGGGAUAUAGGACUGUAUCACAUCAGGUCUGUGUCUGUUGUGGACUGAAACAUCCUUCAUCAUCACCCUUGACCCACUGCAAAUAAGUCACUGUCACCAUGCUCUCAUUUAGGUUUGAAUGCAGAGGGUGUUUAAUAGUGACACUUCAGUGGGGACUGAAUGUGUAAUCACAGGGUGUGGAAAGACAGCCGCCUCAAUGCCACUUCAUGUAUUCUCAGUUACCGGAACAGGUUGCCUUGCAUUGUUGUUGCCUUUCUGUGUAGCUACACUUUGCGAUCAUCACCUUACCCGUCAGUAGUUUUGCCUUUAUGUUCCUCCACCUCUCCAUCACCAGCGUCAGUCUGCAGCCAGUGCGUAACUUCAGGCAGUAUUAAACUUUAGUUUGACAAAGUGGAUUUUUUUUUCACAUUGCUACCAUCUGCUUUCAGGUUGAGUGUUAAAUAGUUGAGGAAACUACCUUUGAGAUGAACCAGUGUACAUGUGGAGCACACAUGUUUGACAGAUCCUCUAAUUCACAUGUCAUACAUGUUCUAGUUUGUCUGCAAACGUCUCCCCUUUCUUUGGUGCUUAUACUUUGUGGUCACUUUACACUUGAAUGUAGCAAAGUCUUGCAGCUGAAUUGUGCUGUUGAUGUGAAUCGGUAUUUUGUUUUUUUCUUUCUCCGUGCUGUUGCCUUCAGUUGAGCGCCAUUGCUAAAAUGAGUUUUGAAUGGCUCUCAUCUUUUAAUUUGCCCAGGGUAAUUCUGAAAUGACACAAUUUAACUCUGUAACUCCCGCUUCUGUGGAGAGUCUGCUUUGAAUAAAAGCUGAAGAAUUGAGAUAUGAAUAGAUUCUAAAUUUAUUACUGCUCUACCCUCUCGAUUUUAGUCAACUUGUUGCUCAUUUACUUCAAAUAGUUUUAAAAAAACAUGACAUAUCCACGUUUCCACAUUCAGAGUCAAUGUUGAACCCGUUGAGUAUGUCAGUGCUGGAGAAGUCAAAGGAGCUGGUCCUCAUAUUUCGGCUUUUUACAGUGUUCAGGUUCCCCACAGCAUUUCUGAUUUUUUUUUUUUUUUAUUUUUUUUUUAAAUUGGAAAUAAAAACAACUU